AUGAAAUUUACACAUUGGCUAGUGGUCACUAUUAUAACUCAAAUAGGUCUGAGUAUCAGAUUAACAGCCGAUGAUAUCAAUAACAUCUAUAAAGCAAGGAUGAAUAAGAGAACAUUUGAGAUAGCUAAAAAUUUGCAUUUAAAUUGGUAUAUCUAUGCGAUCAAAGCAUUACUUGGACAAGUUGGCAAACAAAUUUUUCAGCAAUUAACUAAAGAUAAGCAGAAAAUGUUAGCUUUAUGUUUGGAUCAAAUUAAAGAUGAUCGUGAUCUUAUAGCUAGUGCUAAAUGCUUGAUGCAAGUACGACAUGAGCGCCAUUUCAACACCCACAGACAAAAAUUUGAAUUAAAUCAAUCAAUUGAUAAGUCAGCUAAUAAUACAUUAACUUUUAUUACAACCAAUGACUAUGAGGAAGAGAAGUCGUCCAAAAAUCAUAAUUAUGCCGAAAGAUACAAUAGGAUGAGCGCAAAGGAAAAAUUUUCACAUUCCUCUCAUUCUGGAUUCGAAAAUAAAUUCUUGAAACGAGAUCAACCUAAAACUUUUAUUCAAUUCUCGAGAUUUUCUAAUAUCUCGCAUUUCAAUCAUACAACGAAUUUCAUCGCAUACAAUUUAAACACUUUCGAACAUUUGAUUGAAACCAUACCAAUUUCUGACUCAUCUAAUCAACAAAAAUCUCGGCUGUCCAGAGAAGUAUACUUGAAACGGCUACUAUCUACCGAUAACAAAUCAGGACAGAUACAUCAAGUGCCAAGAAAAUAUUCAGCAGAAGAAAAUGAAAUUUCAGGACAGAUCACGAAUUUUGUUGGACAAUCGUCUCAUUCUUCAAAUUACAAAAAGUUUAAUAGUAUGAAACUGGAAAAACAUUCAGGAAAAUUAGAACUGAUCAAAAAUAAAAAUUUCCCAGUGAGAUUUAUAAAUUUCCGUAAAAGUGACUUACAUGAUCUUUUUGCAUCCAGCAAUUCAUCGGAACAGAGCAAAAAAUUAUCUUCAAAUUCUAUUCUAUCAAAAAUUCGAAAAAAAAAAUUAUGGCAACGACGACGUCGUUCUUAUCGACUUAUCACAAAUCAUGCUAUCAAAAGUGAUAACUUAAUUAUUGAUGUGAAGCAAGUUGAUAAAAUGCCAGCAAUGCACGAUUCCACUGUUAAGAAAACUCCCGUACAACAGAUGGCUAAAUUUAUCAGUGUUAUGCUAAGUGGAAAAGAAGCAAAUGCUGCUAAUUGGAUGAAAACUUAUGAACAUAUUACCCAAAUUAAAAAACAAAUGGAUCAGCAAUGGGAAGAAAGCAGCGCAAAAGUCUACAAUCUUCGACUUUUCGAUCUUGUACUCGGUAGCAGAGCAAAAGUUCAAUCAAAAUAUAAGGAUUUUCUGUCGAUGGCAUUUGAUCUUCUAAAUGGAUUUAAUAAUGAAAAUGGCAAAAAUAAUCUCAAUUUUCGUUUUUUAAGUCCUCGAGUAAUGCCUGUGAUGCCUGAUAAGAUGCAAUCUGAAAAACGCGUUUUGUCACCAUCCAUUAUGUCAUUUUAUAAAGAUGAUAGUCCGGACAAUAUUAUCUCUCUUCCUAAGUUAUUGGAAAAAAGUGGUAUGGCGGAAAAAGACAGGCAAGCAGUGUUAGAAAUGAUUAUGGAUGUUUCAGGAGCGCAUAUUGCCAUCGAAAUGACUCUUGAUGUCCUCAAUAAAACAAAUGUUUUCGAUUUGGAUGAUAUAAUUUUUGAGACAACGAAGAGAAUUAAUGAAGCAUUCAAAGAUUUGAAAAAAUCAUUUAGUAUUGAACAAAAAAAUGAUAUGAAAAGUAGAGGAUUUACAUUUCUAGAAGCAUCACAAUUGAAACAAAUACUUCAUCAGCAAGGUGUUAAUGAAUUGAAUGAUGUGAAUUUUAAUUUGAAAAAUUAUGAACAACUUAAUAGAAAAGAGCAAGAAGAAAUGUUAUGGAAGAAUAUUGAACGAAUUGCAGAAAAUAAAACUGAGGAACGAUAUCGAAAUAAACGUGAAACAGUACCAAUACUUCCAGCAACCAUUUUGGCACCAUUUAUGUUUUCACCAACAUUUGGUCUUAGUAUUUUAGGACCAGUGGUACUAUCACCUAGCAUUUUCAGUCCAUUAAUUUUAAAUCCAUCUAUUCUUAGUCCAUAUAUUCUUUCUCCCGGUGUUUUCCUCCCUUUUCUUAUCUCACCUUACAUACUCUCUCCCUAUAUUUUAUCACCACUUGUUGGUGCACCAUAUAUCUUAUCACCUUAUGUUUUAUCACCAAAUAUUAUCAAUCCAUAUGUGUUAAGUCCAUUAAUUCUCAGUCCAUAUAUUCUUAGCCCAGAUAUUAUUUCACCACAAGCAUUAGGUGGUCAAAUUUUAUCACCAAAUGCAUUUUCACCAUCAAUUUAUACGGACAGUGUUCUCUCGGUUAAUGUCCUUUCACCUACCUGGAUGUCCAGGUAA